CCGACCACGCUGUUCGCUGCAGGGGGUGGGGGUCUCUCUCUCUCUCCUGGGGAAUGAGGCUGGGAUCCUGUUAGAUCCGAGAGGGGGUGAAUUGGGGGCUCCGCUGCUCGACCUGAUUUUCUCCUCUCUGCAAACAUGCCAGGAGGUCCAGUCCCAAAAUGAGGUUACGGUGGGCGCUGGCGGUGCUGAUGGCCUGCUGCUGUGUGAUCCGGGCCCUGGGCAGCCUCUAUGAGUUCCAGAAGAUGAUCAAACAAGCCACUGGGAAAGGGGCCUUCCCCCAUUACUUCGCCUACGGCUGCCACUGUGGCUGGGGGGGCCGAGGCCAGCCCGUAGAUGCCACAGACUGGUGCUGCCACAAACAUGAUUGUUGCUACUGGAGGUUGAGGGUUCACCACCAGUGUUCGGCAAAAUUUAAACCGUACAAGUACAGCUUUGUGGAGGGGAAGUUCCACUGUGGUCCGGGAAACUGGUGUGAAACCCAUAUCUGCCAGUGUGACAUGGAUGCCUCCCUCUGCUUCCGGCACCAUCUGGACUCCUACAAAGGGCGGUACCGCUUCCACUGGAAGCCUGGCUGCGGGCGCAACACGCCAAGCUGCCAGAACGACACCCUGGCUCAGCCCCAGAAAGUCCGCAUGGCGCUGAGCCAGACCAGUCAACGGCUCUGACCGGGGGGCCGAAGGAUGGACUCCGGGAACUCAACCUCUUCCUCCUUCUCCCCGAAGUGCAACAACCUGGCAGAGGAGUUGCAGAGACAGAACGCAAGCCGUGCUUUCUUCCACCCGGGCGCCCACCCUUAUGAAGGACCGGGGUGGUACUGGGGUGCGAUGCCAACCUGUCCUCCUGUCUCUCUAUGCCGUUUAUCUGACUAUCAUCUAACUCUGUAUACCCCUCUAUAGGUUUAUCUGUCUUUAUCUCAACCUAGAGCUUCCUGACUGUCCCCCUUUCUAUUAUCCAGCAGGGCCCCAUCCCCAAAGCCUUCUGGACUAUCCCUCUCUCCGUUUCGCUUGCCGGCCUUCUCUGAAUUUCCUUGGUUUCACAAUAAACUGGUCCUUAUCAGCGGAA